AUGAAAUCAAAAGAGCGCACAUCAGGUGUCUUCCAUAGUAUCGUUACAAUGAUAAAGAGCAGGGUUGGCGGAGGACGAAGCUGGAGUGGGUGCCACUGGGCGAAGUGGCAGGGCAGUGCUAGAGUGGGUGAUGUUGAUUUGGUGACGACGAUGCUUAGUGGUUGUGGUAGCGGUGGUGGGGGUGCACUAUCAGUGCUGCUUGAAGCUAAAACCGGAAGCAAUUUACCACCUUACGUUGUCAUACAUUGAGAAAUCUUUAUUGAGUUGUGGCUUGAGUCUUAAGCAAAUAUCCAAUAUGCCAUUACCUGAUCACAAAUAUAUUUAAGAUUCUUGCAAUAUGUUAAUUCAAGACGAGCUUAAUUAUGAUCCGUCAAGUCUUGAAAUUGCACAUCAACAAUUGCAUUCCAAGCCGGUUGUCCAAACAAUGAUUUCGAAGAGACAAAAUCAUUUGCUGAAUGGAUCCUUAAAAUUAGUGAAGGUACUAUCGGUGGUCCUAAUGAUGGUGAAGUUGAAGUUGAAUUUCCAGAAGAUGUUAUCGUUCCCUCUAUGGUUGACCAUAUUCAUUCAAUUGUAUCCUCUAUUUAUUCAUCCUUUCAGAACCAUCUUGAUGAUCCAUCUUAUUUUCAAGAUAAAGCUAUUUUGGUCCCUACAAACGAAGAAGUCGAUGCUAUCAACGACUACGUGUUAGAAUUGAUGAAAGAUGAAGGGAAAGCUUAUCUGAGUUCUGAUUCGUUAUGUGAGACCGAAGACCAAGAUUCAUUUGAGGAAUCAAUAUACUCUCCAGAUGUGUUGAAUGGUUUUAAGGCUUCUGGAAUUCCCAACCAUAAGCUUAUACUAAAGAAAGGUGUUCCGGUGAUGUUGCUUCGUAAUAUCGACCAAACCAAAGGACUAUGCAAUGGUACAAGAUUACAAAUCGUAAGGCUUGGAAGACACGUCAUCGAAGCACAAAUCAUAUCUGGUAGAUUUUUCAACGAGACUACUUAUAUACCUCGGAUGAAGUUAACCCCGUCUGAUAAAAAAUUUUCAUUCCGUUUUCAGCGGAGGCAAUUCCCCAUAGCUGUUUGUUUCGCUAUGACCAUUAACAAAAGUCAAGGACAGUCAUUAUCAAAUGUUAGAUUAUACUUACGUAGACAUGUCUUCACUCAUGGUCAGUUAUAUGUAGUUGUUUCCCGUGUAACAAGCAAAAAAGGGUUGAAGGUACUCAUAUGCGACGAGGAAGAUUGUUCAACUAAUAAAACAAAAAAUGUUGUCUAUAAAGAGGUCCUUCAAAGAUUAUAGAUAUUUAUCGAUUUCAUUAUAUCUUGUUCACAUUUCAAUAAUAGAAACACCCAU